UAUAAGUUUUACCUUACACAGUGUUGAAAAAAAAAAAAUAAAUAAAUAAAACAAUCAUUACAAAUGUUUUUUAACGCAAUUAAAAUAUACUUUGUCAAUGUUUUUUUUUUUUUAUAAUAAUGUCUUGUGGUGUUAUUGAUUGAUUACUAGUAUAGAAAAAAUAACUAUUAAAAAUUAUAUGUACAAAAAAAUUACAAAUAAUAUAUUCUCCAUGAAAAAGGUAUCAGAAUGAUCUCAGCUUUAUUAUUAUUAGUGUUACUUCCAGUAUCUAUAACACCAGCACCAAUGCAUAAUAAUCCAACAAUGGAAAAACGAAUAAAUAAUACACCAUCAAAUGAAUCAAAUAAUAUAAAAUAUAAUCGUUAUGAUAAUCGUUUAAAACGUGAUAAUAAUCGACUAUCAUCGAUACAAAAAAAUCAAAAAAAUGCAAAAAAAAAUCGUAUACAUAAAUCAUUUAUUAUGAAUUAUCCAUAUAUAUCAGAAAUUAAUAAUCCAUUGAUUGUUGAUAAUAAAAAUUAUCAAAUUCAAGAAAAAUCAAUAAGCCAACAUAAAGAUAGCGAAAUUUUUUAUAUUCGUUUACCACCUACACCUUAUAUAUUUGUACCAGGACUUGGAUAUAUAUCAAAUCCACCAAAAUAUUCAACAAAUUCAAUACAAUCACAUGUUAAUUAUCAACAACAAAUAAAUAGACCAAUUUAUCAACAACAAUUUGAUCAAUUUAUUCAUUUACCAAUUGAUUUUAUAAGCAAUGGAAAACCAACAUCUGUUUAUCAGUGGAAUAAUCCAGUUGGUGAUGAUAAUAAUAGAAAAAAACCAGAUAAUCAAAUUAUCAAAUUAAACAAAGGUCCUUAUAAUUUUAAUGGACAACCAAUUAGUUUUUAUUUACUUGGUCCUGAUGGACAAGCAACAGUUCAUCAACGUAUUAUUAGUUAUCAACAAAAUACUAUUUAUUAAACAUUUUAUCAAUUAAAUAAAAUUUUUUAUGACUCCGGAUAAAUUAUAUAAAUAAAUUUUUUGAAUGCAUUGUUUAUAUACAUAGAAUAUUUUAGUAUAUUAUGACACUCAAUAAAAGAUUAUAUAUACUUAAUUUUAAAGUUGAAUAAAAUUAUUUUUAGAUAAUUUAACCCUCAAAUAUAUGACCUGCCGUUUUCUAUUAUGUUUUUUUUAUAAUUAAUAUUAUUAUGUUUAAAUAUUAGUCGGAUAUAGAAAAAAAAUAAUUCUGUUGUUGUGAUAGUACGUUAAUCUGGUGCUGUUGACAUCGAAUACGAACAUGCAUCUCGAAAAAAUCAAAGUGUGGCACUCUUCGAAUACUCAAUGCUAAAACUUCAAUCCCCAUAUCCUGAAAUAGUUAUUU